CUCUGUUCCUUCUACAACGACCGUACAUAUAAUCUCAGUUCUUUCUUUUCUUUUUUAUAAAUUUAACAGGUGAGAGUAUGGUGAGAGAAGUUGAGAAUAAUUCAGUUCCUGAAUGGGUUGAGAUUCUUCUGGGGGAGAAGUUCUUUACUCCAUGUUCACUUCACAUCUCUUGUAAGAAGAAUGACAAGACUUUCUUUUGUUUGUUCUGUCGUUCUGCUAUUUGCUUCUCUUGUUUCUCCUCUCAUCGCACGCAUGCUCUUCUUCAGAUAAGAAGAUAUGUGUACCAUGAAGUUAUACGACUAAGAGAUGCUGAGAAACUCAUGAAUUGUUCUCUCGUGCAACCAUACACAACAAAUAGAGCAAAAGUGGUGUUUCUAAAAGAAAGAAGAAGGGGAAAGAGAAGAGGUUUGAGAUCAUCAUCAGGAGGAUCGAGAAGUAAUAGUAAUAAUACAAAUUUGUGCAUCACAUGCUUUCGCAACCUUCAAUAUCCAUAUCUCUUUUGCUCUCUUUCAUGCAAGAUCAAUCAAAAGGUGAAUGAGAAAAUUGAAAUAAUAAGCAAACAAAAAAGGAAUUAUGAGAAUCUUCCACCGCGAACCACAACAGAAACCCAAACCCCAUCCUCCGUUCUGGACCGGGAUUUCUCCUCCGCCGCCGCCGCCGUUAAGUCAGUCAAGAAGAAGAACAACCGUAGCUGUGUGAAAUCCUUAGCGGCGGUUCUUUGCCGGCCGAGAUGCUUCCCUAUCUCCGAUUUCGCCACCGCCGUGAACCGCCGAAAGGGCGUUCCUCAUAGAUCGCCGUUAAAUUGACUUUUGGCUACUCUACCAUGUAUUGAUUAUUAUAUAUGUUUUUUUCAUUAUGAUCAUAAUAUAUAUUAAGUAUGUAAUUAAAUUUCGUAUUUUAUAUAUAUAUAUAUAUUGUAAUUAUGUUCCAAAAGUAUUUUUUUGGCUGAUUAACGUGUUCCAAUUUUAUAAUCCACACCCAAAUUAAAUGUU